UGCUGCAGUUACCUGCGGGCACAGUUACACUGAAAUACGUGUGCACGCGCAUUUCAGUGUAACCGUGCGUGUGUGCGUGUGAUCUCCCACCUUUCAGCGCUUUGCAUCUUUUACCUGCAGUGGACUUCAUGCACAGUCAAAGCGUGCAUGCGCACCACCGCCGCAUGCGCACAUGCACGCACAUGCACGCACGCAGCGGCAGCAGCAGUACCGAGGGAGCGAUCAAUUUACUAAGAGCCCGAGAGGAUCCGAACCGGGGGAGAGACGCGUCGCGAGGGGCCGAAGAACCGGAGGAACCACGGCACCGAUAAUGAAGCUCGGCCGUCAUGUCUAAAGCGACGGUGAAGAAGCUGCACUGGCGCUCCAAGGUGCAGGAGAGCUUCGUCCCUCUGGGCGGCGGCUCAGGAGAGCUGGGUCUGGCCAUCGGGGGCGGGGCCGACUACGGCGAGUUCCCCUUUGUCACGGCAGCACCUGGGGGCGGGGCCACAGUAGGGGACAUCAUCCUAGAGAUCGGGGGGACGCCUGUUCUAGGGAUGACCCUCGGUGAUGUCAGAGGAGUCCUCAACUCCUGUCCCCAUCCAAUCAGAAUCAAGACCGUGUCUCCAGGUUCUUCGCUCUGUAAAGACCUCAGGUUGUAUCUCAGCAAGUGUUUCACUCCAGGAUCCAUGGACAGUCAACUACAGCAGCUGAUCAGAGAGAACCUGUACCUGAGAGCUGUACCCUGUACAACCAGGCCUCCUCGGGACGGGGAGAUCUCGGGGGUGGACUACAACUUUGUGUCCAUUGAGGAGUUCUUCUCUCUGGAGGAGUCUGGAGCUCUGCUGGAGAGCGGGAAGUUCAAAGGGAACUACUACGGGACGCCCCGACCCGUCCACAUCGGGCCGGAGAGUCCACCAAUCACGUACCAGGAGCAUCGGAACCUGCUGCGGAACUUCAGGACGAGGAGCAAGUCUCUGAGUAACCUGGAGAAAGCUGUGGAGGAGGGAGACAACAGCGAGGAGGACAGCGGACUGUCCGCAGGUUCAGCCAUAGCCCCGCCCACCACCCUACCUCUUAGCCAAUCAUGGGAGUCAGCGGCGGGGAGUCGGGAAGGAAUGAUGAACGGAGGAGUAGGAAGAGGAUUGGGGAGAGGAAGAGGAGGAGGAGGUCCCCUGCCUGAAAACUGGGAGCUGGCCUUCAGUGAUUCAGGGGAGCCGUACUACAUCAAUCAUAAAUCAAAGACGACCAGCUGGCAGGAUCCUCGACAUCGCAGCAAAGAGACGACUUCCUGUACAGAGCUCCCAGAGUUCACGGAGCAGCCCAGCCAGUUGAGGGGUUACUCCAUCCACACUCGUCUCUCUAAAGGUCCUCGAGGUUUCGGCUUCAACAUCGUGGGAGGAAGUCGACCCCGAGAGUUUCUGCAGGUUUACAGUGUCACACCUGGUGGUCCGCCCGCCCUGACCACAGCCGACAUCCUGGUCUACAUCAACGACAGCUGCGUGCUGGGCCGCUCUCACAAAGAGGUGGUGGAGAUGCUGAAGUCGGUGCCGAUGGGGCAGAGCGUGGACGUGGUGCUGAGGAGAGGAUACCCGAUGCUCUACAACCCUGACGGGUGUCCCAAGCAGAGCCUGGAGACGCAGCCGCAGACCCUCAGCGAGCCCUCCAACCCCCCCACCCUGAGCAGAGGCCCAACACAUCUCACCUACAGCUGCACGCUGGAUUCCAACGGCAGCACGCCAGCAAUGGGUAAAACCCCGCCCUCCUAUCCUGCUCAGCCAAUGACAAAUGGGCUGACAGGCCCGCCUACUCCCAUUGCCUCUGAUCCACCACUGGGUCCGCCGCCUCCAGACAGGACAGCAGCCAAUCACAGUGACUCUGAUGGCGGCUUGUCCAACGCUGGAACUCGAAGGUCUUCCCUGAUUCGCUACAACAGCAGCACCCUCCCCACGCUCUCCUCCUCCUCCCUCCUCAACCAUCAGAGCUCCAAGUCGUCAGAGAGUGACCUGUCCACGUCCACACUCCCCAUCUCCUCCUCCACCCUCCCCACCAUGUCCUCGUCCUCCAACACUCUUUCACAACUUCCCCUCUCUCAGCCUGAGACCGCCCUCCGGCAGAACUCCACCAGCCCCACCAGCACUAACAACCCCCCCUCCUCCUGCACACCACCGGGGGCUCCAGUGCGGCGUUCGCCAAUGCCCCAGACCUCCAUCGCCCUGACGCCACCCAGAGACAUCCCACCCUGUGGCUUUAACGGGUGUCCGGCCAGUCACCAAGCGCCGCCCCCACCCUCCAGAGGAACCUCAGGGCUGGCGCUCCCUCUGGGGGCAGCGCCACCAACGUCGGCGUCCGGUGGGCAGCUUGUGCCGGUGGCCCUGGGACACACUGAAGGUGGGGGGCUGGGGUUCAGUGUGACAGCAGGGGGCCAAGGGGGUCAGCUGGCAGUAGUAAGACGUGUCUGGGACCGACGGCAGUGUCCCUCUCUGCAGACAGGAGACGCCAUCGUGAAGAUCAACGGAGCGGACGUACAGAGCUUCAGCUUCUCACAGGUGCAGAGAAUCCUGCAGGAACACACCAAGCAGGGGGAGGUGGUGCUGCUGGUCUACAGAGGAGGUCCCGCCUCCUCUCCAGUCGUCACCCCAAACCUCUACAAGCCCUUCCCCUCCCCUCAUGGCCUCACCACCACCUCUUCAGCUGAAUUGCCUUCACCGUCCGCGGGUGCCUUGGUGGGGGGGGUCCCCCCACUCAGCCAGGCUGGCUUGGUCCUCGAGAGUCCCCAGGAGGGCCACCUACCAUCCCCAGGGACCCACCAAGGUGCUCCUCCUCCCCAGACGCCAAACGGACCCACAACCUCGGCCCUCAUCCAGAGCACCAGCUUCCUGGACUCGGUUCCUGUGACACUGAACUUGGAGCCACGUGAUUUGCCGGGAGUUCAGGAGAGCGCCGGCGGGCCUCCUCCAAACAGAGGGGGAGGAGCAUUGGGAGCAAUUGCCAAGGACGGGAGAGCGGGGGUAAAGACGAUGGAGGUGGAGCUGAGGAGGGGCCCGAGCGAAGGCUUCGGAUUUGUCAUUGCCUCUCAGGAAGUGACCAAUGGGGCCCCCAACCUGAUGUCUCACCGCUUCGUGACGGUGCGUCGUGGCAGCCCGGCGGCACGCAGCGGUCAGAUUCAGCCCGGAGAUCAGCUGGAGGCGGUGGAGACUCGACCGGUCGCUGGUCUGCAACAUCGAGACCUCGCCCAGAUCCUGAGGAGAGCGGGAAACACGCUGAGACUGAGCAUCACGCCACGACACCACUCGUCCCCUCCGUCAGAGGGAGCAAACUUGGACAUUGACGGACGACAUAUAAAAGGAUCCAGAGGGAGGUCAAAGGAUGCGUCUCAGUUCUACAGCGUGGAUCUGGAACGAGGUCCAACAGGAUUCGGUUUCUCUCUGAGGGGGGGCAGUGAGUACAACAUGGGACUGUAUGUACUGGGACUGAUGGAGGGGGGGCCGGCCCAGCGCAGCAACAAGAUACAGGUGUCAGAUCAGCUGGUGGAGAUAAACGGGGACAGUACCUCAGGUAUGACUCACAGUCAGGCCGUGGAGCAGAUCCGACGAGGAGGACAUCGGAUCCAUCUCAUCCUGAAGAAAGGAAACGGAUACGUUCCUGAUUACGGCCCUGAUGAAGGAGCCCUCUCCCCCUCCUCCUUCUCCUCACCCACAGAGGAGCUGGAUGUAGACACAAUAAACAUGACAACCGCCUCCCUCAGCCAGCAGAGGGGAGGAGCAGGUGUUACAGGAGGAGGAGACGGAGGAGGAGAGAGGAGGAGGAAGAGGAGCGAGGGAGAAACCAAACGUAGAACAAGAGGAGGAGGAGGAGGAGGGUUAGGGCCUCCUGAUCUGGACCUGGACCUGGUUGAAGAGGAGGCACGGGUGGAGGAGAGGAAUAAGAAAGAGGAGGAAGAGGAAAGAGAGGAGAGGAGGAGAAAGAGGGAGGAAGUAGAGGAGAGGAGGAGAAAGAAGGAGAGAGAGGAAGAGAUGAGGAGAAGAAAGGAGGAUGAGAUGAGAAGAAGGACGGAGGAAGAGGAGGGGAGGAGGAGGAGAAAGAGGGAGGAAGAGGAGGAGAUUAGGAGAUUGAGGGAGGAAGAGAUGAAGAGGAAGAGGGAGGUAGAGGAGGAGAUGAUUAGAAGGAGAAAAAGUCAGACUGUCAGGCAGAAGAAGCGAGACGACCAGAGGGAGCAGGGGAGGAGGAGCCGGAGUUUACCCAGGGGGGGGGGGGCUCAAUCCUUGACCUCGUGGCCGCCAGAGGGAGGGGUGGAGGUGACGAGGUCUGGAGAAGGAGCGAGGGAGAGGAAGAGGAGGGAGAGAGAGGAGGAGCAGAAGGACAGGGAGGAGAAAGAUGACAGCAUCAGCCGCCAUGCAAAGCAUUCUGGGAGUUCAGGUGCAGCUCAACGAGCGUCGUUUUCCUUUCUCAUGCCGAUGGACGACAACGAGUUCCAGCGUCGGUCUGACAGCGAAUCAGAAGGCAGCUUCUCAGAGUUCAGCCAAUCAGCAGCCAGCAUCGCCACGGCGGGACGGAGGGAGCAUUCUGUUUGGACGAGAGACGAGUUGUCGUGGCAACAGGGGGACACCCCGGGCCCCUGGCUGAAGCCCAGCCCCAAACAACUGACACAGGUUCUGACUGGCAGUCGGCUCCGGAGGCGGGAACUAGUGCACGGGCUGUCUCUCUGAUUGGCCAGCAGAGAAGACAAGCUCUUUUCUUCUCUUUUUUUAUCGGCUACUUAUAAGGGCUUUCUUUGAUUGGCAUGCUGAGAGAAACCCCACCUCUUCCUGCGUCCUAUUGGACGAUAACAGACAACUCUGAAUCUGAUUGGAAGAUGAGACCAGGCCGUCUUUCCAGUUGGCUCUGUGGGUUUUGAGGCGUCCGAUUGGCCAGUGACAUGACGGCUGCAUACAGAGCCGCCAGAUUUACUUUACCCAUCAUCCCUCAGGGCGUCCUGAGACCUGCUGUCAGCUGUCUGUGGGAUUCCCUCAGACCUUCUGGCAUCAUGGUCACUGAGGUGGAAACACCGAGUCUCUGAUCACAGACGUUCAAAUAAGAAAAAAUCUGAUUAAUAGAAAAACUCCAAAUUUAUUCAAAGAAGUUCGACAGAUUUUGACUUUUUUAGUCGAGACGCUUCAGGUAAAAACACGUCAGAGACAAAUAUUAAUGUUGGUGAUGAUCUGGAGACGUUUGAUGUUGAAUCAGUUUAAAUUGACCUGAAGAGUUGAACGUGACAGAAACAGACGUGAUGACAUCACAGACCAGCUGCUGCUCGCCGCUCUGACCUGAGGACACGCAGCUGGUUUCAUCAUCGACCAAUCACCUCAAAGAUCCCAACAUCAUCACCCUCCACACGUCCCCACCUCUCAAGACUGACCACGCCCCAAGAGGCGAAGAAGCUUAGACUCCGCCCAUUCUCUCACCUGCACACAGCCGACCAAUCACAGUCAUCUUCUGUGGUGUUCAAUGUUUAUCACCGUCCUGGUUCUCAUGAGGAUCAGUGAGAUGCCAAAAGAGACAGUCUGAGCUGAGCAGGCUCCUGGUGCACUCAUCUUCAUCAUCGUCUUCAUCCUCAUCCUCAUCUUCGUCAGUCUAACUUUUAAAUCGUAUGCAAACACCUGAACCUGUGGGUCUCGUUGUCUUGGAGACCAAACAGCUGAUCUGAGCAUGUGAAAAUAACUGGAAUGAUUUUUUUAUUUUUAUAAAGUUCAACAUGUAAAGACUCAAUAUUAUUAUUAUUAUUAUUAUUAUUAUUAGAGAUGAAAUAGAACAGAGUUGCUCUGAUUUGCCUGCUUGCUUGUAAAAUAGAAGAAACCUUUAUUGUAAUGAUGUAACAGAGCCAUACACACACACACACACACACACAGACACCCACAGACACACACAGAUGUCAGGUCCAGCUGCGGUCCUGUUGGCUUUUAAUAAACAUAACAUCGCCAUGGCAACACGGACAUCAGGAUGGGGGACCUGUUUCUCCGGCAACAGCCACGGUGGAGGAGGAGACAACAUGGCCGACGACCUGCAGCUCUGGAUCAUAACAAGUGCCUCAUUUGGUUUCAUCAUAUAAAGUGUCUCCCCCCCCCCCCCCCCCCCCCCGUGUCCUCACUGGUUUUAUAUCUGAGACGAUUCGUCUUCGUCUUGUCUUGUGGACGCGUCCUCGUCUCUGCUUCAUUAUUCUCAUCAUUAUAUUUACUCCUCAUUUUCUCAACUGAUUCACGUUUGAGAUUAAAUCUUCAUUUUUUUUUAUCUCUCUGUGCUGCAGCUGAUGAAUCUGUUCAUCUUCAGCAGAUGGAUCAAUAAUAAUCAAUAAAUACAAAUCUCUCAUUAGUUUUAGUGUUUUGUAUGAGAGACACAUGACGUCACAGUCACAUCCUGUUGACUCGUCUUUAAUCUGGGGAAAAAUUCUGUUUCCAACGAUUUUUGUUUCGGACGAAAAAACCUCAUUGAUCAGUUUCUUCUCUGUUUCUGUUUUCAGAUUAAAACACACAUUGUUCUCUUCGUUCAGCAGGCUUUUAUUCUGAAGGUUUUAUCCUGUAUCAUUCAUAAGUUGUGUCGUCUUCUUUGUAAAGCUUGGUUCUUUUUUGUGUUAACAUCUUGACUUUGUGUUCUCGCCAGUUCGUGAUUUUCUCGCUGAAGCCCAAUGAAUCCUGGGAUAUGUAGUCCUGAGCAGGAUUCUGUGGAUUCUGAAUGAGACGCAGCUUCUGUCGGAUUUAUAGAAACAUUUGAUUCAGAAAAACACAAAGAAGAUGAUUUUCAUUCUGAUUCAUGAAGAGAUAAAAACAUAGAAUCUUGUUUGAUCAGAUUUAAUUUGUCUCUUUAACGUCUCGUUCUCAUAUCUGAACGUUAAAUGAUCGAUGUCAAACUGAGAAGUUUCAUGUUUCAAUUUUCACUUUGAAUACAAAGUUGUUCACUUCCUGUUGAACUUCCUGUUGAACUUCCUGUUCACGAUGACGCUUCAUUAACACAGAUGCAUGAACCUGUUCCAAUGGUAACUGGAGUCAUGUGACAGACUCUGGUUGUGUUGUUAUGUAUAAUGUUCAUUUUCUAAAUAAUUAUCUUUGAUCAA